CCCUUUCGGUUUCCUCGUUGCAUCACUCUCAGUUGCAUUAUGGUUGCAUUUGUAUGAUAGGGAGUAAGUUGCAUUGUGUCACGCUGCGAGCGUAUUUUUAAAUUUCAUUCCUGGCCGCUCGAUGCCCCCUUUCUCUUUGCUGCGAAUUUCCCUUGAAUGUGCCCGUGUGUGUAUGUGUGCGCUCAGCCUCGUUCGACCUACGCUGGACACCCGAGCGCGGGAGGGAAUGCGACCCGAGGACGGAGAUGCGCUGCGACGACGGGGGUUGCGUUCUUCUACGGCGUAAAUGCGACAAUAUCUUCGACUGCCUCGACGGCAGCGACGAGCGGGGCUGCGGGGUAUGCACACCUGCCGAAUGGAAGUGCGCCAGUGGCGAAUGCUUGCCUGAAAACCAAAGGUGCGACGGGAUAACGCAGUGCAGCGACGGAUCCGAUGAGGAUCGAUGUGGUAAUUAUAUGACAGCUUAGCCCGCAAUCGCCCACACACCGAAAAAAUGGCCUUCUCACCGCUCUUGCUCGUUGACCAGCACGCUACAAAACUUGUACAGAUUUACAUACCCUCUUGCAAGAAGGAUAUCCCAUUAUUCAUGAUUUGCCAGAAUGUUUAUACCUCGAUUAGAAUAAUUUUGUAUCCCUUUAGACUAAUUACGCAGCAUGUCACGAAAUUCAAGUUUGAAUUA